AUGGUGGAUACAUACGCGAAUGGCGCCGUGCGGAUAGCGCACACGGAGGAGAAGGAGUUGCCGGGCGGGUGGGUGGUGCUGAAGUUUGGGGGGACGAGUGUGGGGAAGUUUGCGGAGGGGAUUGUGGAGGUUGUGGGGGCGGGUACGAAGGUUGGGAGGACCGCGGUGGUGUGCUCGGCCAGGAGUAAUAGUACCAAGUUGGAGGGGACGACGAAUAGGCUGCUACGCGCUGCUCGAGCGGCAGAGAAGCCGGGAAGACACUACGACGAGAUUGUUGAAGCUAUUCGCGCUGACCACGUCCAAGCCGCGAAAGAAACGAUCAAAUCCCCGGAAAUCCUCCUAGCCUUUACCGAAGACGUAGGUGAAGAAUGCGAGAACCUUUCCAAGCUCCUCGAAUCCGCACAAGUCAUGGAAGAGGUCACGACCCGUGCCGAGGACAUGAUUGUUAGCAAAGGCGAGAAGCUGAGCUGUCGCUACAUGGCAGCUCUGCUCGAAGACCGCAGCGUCCCUGCGCAGUUCGUUGAUCUCUCUAGCAUUGUCAAAACCCACAAGAUCAACGGACAAGUACUCAAUGAGCAGUUCUACGCCGACCUUUCUGCCGCCCUGGCCGAGGAAGUCUACGCCUGCGGCAACAAAGUCCCUGUGAUCACCGGCUAUUUUGGUGCCAUCCCCGGCGGCCUCCUGAACCUCAUCGGCCGUGGCUACACUGAUCUCUGCGCAGCCCUUGUCGCCGUUGGCCUGCGAGCGCGGGAGCUCCAGGUCUGGAAAGAAGUCGAUGGUAUUUUCACGGCCGACCCUCGCAAAGUCCCCACCGCACGUCUCCUCCCCAGCGUUACCCCCGCGGAGGCUGCCGAAUUGACUUUCUACGGCUCCGAGGUCAUUCAUCCAGCUACCAUGAAGCAGGUCAUCCGCGCCCGCAUCCCUAUCCGCAUCAAGAACGUCAUGAAUCCACGCGGGCCCGGCACCAUCAUCUUCCCAGACGCGAUCGAGAACAUUAACCCGCGCGCACCGUUGCACGAUGCCCGCCUCUUUCGCACGCGGUCGGUCAGCGAUGCCACCUCGCAAGUUGCGGGGCCCAAACGCCCCACGGCCGUCACGAUCAAGCACAAGAUUAUGGUGCUGAACGUGCACUCCAACGAACGCACCCGCUCGGAAGGCUUCCUCAUGAACAUCUUCCGCUUGUUGCUGAAGUGGCACCUCUCCGUCGACCUCAUCGCCUCCUCUGAGGUGCACGUGUCUAUGGCGUUGCACAGCGAGAGCGCCAUGAUCUCCGGCGGUGGAGAUGAUGAGUACAAGAUCGACAACGAGGAUCUGAGAGGUGCGGUGGCGGAUCUUAGCGAGUAUGGGGUUGUGGAUCUGGUGCCGGACAUGGCCAUCGUGAGUCUGGUGGGUAGGCAGCUGAAGAACAUGGUCGGCAUUGCGGGCAAGUUCUUUAGCGUCUUGGGGGACAACAAUAUCAACAUUGAGAUGAUAAGUCAAGGAGCCAGCGAGAUCAACAUCUCUUGUGUCAUUGAAGAGCGCGAGGCGGAUCGAGCGUUGAAUGUUUUGCAUACCAAUCUGUUUACUUUUUUGGAGUAG